CUCCCCCUCCCCCUCCCAUCUCUCCCUCGUCCAUAAAAGGAACCAUCAUACUCUCUCAGAAAGUUCCAACCUUUAAAACACACCCCAAAGCUAGCUUACAAUUUUUUUAACUUUCGUUCAUUCUAUCUUCAAGAUGCCUUCUGAUGUCAACGAGUCGCGUCGAUUAACUAAGAUUCCCCAUGGAGGAGCUGCGGCGGAUCAGCCAGACCAGCUUCCUUGUCCUCGCUGCGAAUCAACCAACACAAAGUUCUGCUACUACAACAACUACAACUUCUCGCAGCCUCGCCAUUUCUGCAAAGCUUGUCGCCGUUACUGGACUCACGGUGGUACUCUCCGUGACAUUCCCGUCGGUGGCGUUUCCCGUAAAAGCUCCAAACGCUCUCGCACUUGCUCCUCCGUCCCUGUUUCCACAGCCGUCGGAAGCCGGGAGUUCCCCUUACAAGCGACGCCUGUUCUUUUCCCUCCGUCGUCUAACGAUGGUGGUGUCACGGCGGCGAAGGGAACUGCGUCGUCGGCCUUCGGAGGUUUCACUUCUCUGCUCAGCUACAACGCCGCCGCAAGCAGAAAUGGGCCUGGUGGCCGCUUUAAUGGGCUGGAAGGGUUUGGACUUGGGCUUGGUCAAGGGUCGUAUUUCGACAACGUCAGGUUUGGACAAGGGAUAACGGUCUGGCCGUUUUCCACUGGCGCUACUGAUGCUACAUCAGCUGUUACAAGCCACGUGGGUCCAAUACCGGCGACGUGGCAGUUCGAAGGUCCAGAGAGCAAAGUGGGGUUCGUGUCUGGAGACUACUGAUAAGCGUGGGAGACCAUAUUAUCUAUACACCGGCGUCUUGUCUCUGGUUUCAAUGUCUCUUUUAGUUUCUAUUUCUGUUUAGUGAUCUUAAAAGUAGUCUUAUCUGGUUACUUAUUAGGUAUGUUAGUUGUGAACGAAACUACAAAUUCUAACGUUAAUCCCAACUUUGGAAAACAGCA